GUGCUUUCUUAUCGCCGAUAACCCGCGGUCUCCUCGCUUCGCUCACUUCCCUCUUCUCUCAGUCUCCGGGUCUCUACUUAGCUACAUAUCCCUCAAUUCCCUCAAUUCUCACUCCAUCGUGGCCUUCCAUGCUCGCUUCUCGGGCGGCAGCUCGAUCCUGCUGCAGAUCAGCUAGAGCCCUAGCAGCUUGUCGCCGUUAUCACGGUCUCGCUCAGAGCAACCUCUUCAAGGUAUCCGAGGAAGUCCGCGAUGCAGUGGCCACCGGGAAGCCCGUCGUGGCUCUCGAGUCGACCAUCUAUACUCAUGGAUUCCCGUAUCCCGAGAGCGUCGCUCUUGCAUCAUUACUGGAGUCGGUCGUCCGAGUCAAUGGCGCCGUGCCUGCUACAAUCGGAAUCCUCAGUGGUGAGGCCCGCGUCGGAUUGAAUACAGAGGAGCUCGUCGAGCUGGCAUCUACCGCGGAGAAGAAGAAUGCGAUGAAAGUCUCCCGGCGAGACCUCGGCUACAUCUGCGGCCUGGGACUGGCCGGUAAGCGCCUUCAUGGUGGUACAACCGUGUCUGGCACCAUGGUACUUGCACACUUGGCCGGAAUCAAGGUAUUUGGAACCGGCGGAUUAGGUGGUGUACAUCGCGGGGGCGAAAACUCUAUGGAUAUCUCGGCUGAUCUGACUGAACUGGGACGAACGCCGGUGGCGGUUGUCAGCUCCGGGUGCAAGAGCUUCCUAGACAUCCCACGUACGCUUGAGUACCUUGAAACGGAGGGCGUCUGCGUGGGAACAUUUGCAGAUGACCGUCAAGGCUCUGUGGAUUUCCCUGCCUUCUACACGCGGGACAGCGGGCUCAAGAGUCCAAAGGUCAUCCAAAACGAGGCAGAAGCAGCGGCUAUUGUCUAUGCCCAGUCGCAAAUCCCUGUCUCAUCGGGAAUUCUUCUCGCCAAUCCCGUGCCUCUUGAGCACUCCGUUCCGAAGAAUGAGAUGGACGAUAUCAUUGACGAAGCCCUUCGCCUUGCAGAGGUUGAGGGCUACCAUGGAAGUGACAACACGCCAUUUGUGCUGUCCAAGAUCAAGGAACUCAGCGGGGGAAAGAGUGUGAUCGCCAACCGAGCUCUAGUGGAGGCGAACGUGAAGCGUGCAACCAACGUGGCCGUGGAACUCUCCAAACUGGAGCGGUCAGGGGGGUCGCUCAAUGAACGACACAUGCCAGCUAUCUCAGUGACCAGCAGGGCUGACCAAGCGACUUCAGAAACAGAUCUGGAGCAUUCGCCCAGUCAAGAUUCGCUUAAGCAUCUUGCGAAGGCCGAUGUCCUUGUGGCUGGCUCCCUGGCAAUUGAUCUUUCCUGCGACUUUGCCCCUGCGGAAGUAACCAGCACCACGCCCGCUCUGCAAACAUCGAAUCGCGCCGUCAUCGGACAGAGCCUAGGGGGCGUUGGACAUAACGUGGCCAUUGCGGCCAAGUAUCUCGACAGCUCCGUGCUUUUCUGUAGCGUUGUUGGCGACGACCUAAGUGGCCAAACCGCGCUGACCAGUCUUCAGCAAGAGGGUCUCUCCACGAGCGGCAUCAAGAUCCUCCCGGCAUCAUCCGGGGCGCGUACGGCCCAGUAUGUAGCGGUCAACGAUGCGAAGAAAGACCUGGUAGUGGCCAUGGCAGACAUGGGGAUCAUGGAGCUACCGGAGCAGACACUGGACUUUGACGGGUUCUGGGAGCCGAUGAUGUCCCGUGCGCAACCUCAGUGGGCGGUGGUGGACGCCAACUGGAAUGCGGAGAUUCUGGGAAAGUGGGUAGCCCUAACCAAGAAGCACGGUGCCCGGGUGGCCUUUGAGCCGGUCUCGACCGCGAAAAGCAGGCGUCUUUUCGGGUCGGCCAUCGGGCCGUCGGACUGUGUCCCCAACCACAGCAUCAACCUGGCGGCGCCGAACCAACUUGAACUGGCGGCGAUGUACAUGACGGCGCGGGAGGGCGGGCUCUUUGACUCGGAGGGAUGGUGGCACAUCAUCGACGCCAUGGGGAUGUCGGCGUCGGGCUCGCGGGAGCGGCUCGUGGCGAUGACGUCGGCAAUGCUGGUGGACCAGGGGAUUCCGCAGCAAAGCAUCCAGCUGCUCCCGUUCAUCCCGUGCAUAGUCACGAAGCUGGGGCCCCAGGGGGUGCUGCUGACACAACUGCUACGGCCGGGGGAUGCGCGGCUGACGAGCCCGGAGUCGGCGCCAUACAUUCUGUCGCGGGCGUCGACAGCGGAGGGUGGAGUCGGGGGCGUGUACCUGCGGCUGUUCCCCCCGGCGGCAGUGCUGGAGGAGGCGGAGAUCGUGAGUGUAAACGGGGCAGGGGACACGCUUCUGGGGGCGGUGGUGACGGGGCUGGCACGGGGACGGGCGGUGGAGGAGGUGAUUCCGGGGGCGCAGAAAGCCAGUUUGUUGACGCUGCAGCAGGCGGGGGGGGUGAGCGAAGCGAUUAGCCAGGUGGUGUUUGACUAGAAGUUCUAGCUAGAGCAGUAACAUAUGAUGCCGUUCGAUUCAUUCAUGCAUGCAAUCCAA